GCAAGCUCCUUUCUCUAUUCACCUCCACCGCCUACUUCUUUCAAAACCCAGUACUCAGAAUAUAUAUAUAUAUAUAUAUAUAUAUGAGAAUUUUUUCCUGAGUUGAGACUUUGAGUGCAGUGUAUAUAAUUCAAAAUUUUCAAAUGGGUAUUUGCAGUUCGUCUGAUUCGACCAACGUGGCAACGGCAAAGCUGAUCUUACAAGACGGUCGGCUGCAGGAAUUCUCGUACCCAGUUAAGGUUUCCUACGUGUUACAGAAAAACCCGUCGUGUUUCAUUUGUAACUCCGACGAGAUGGACUUUGACGACGUCGUUUCGGCCGUGAACGACGAGGACGAGCUUCAACUGGGUCAGCUUUAUUUCGCUUUGCCGUUGAGUAAGCUACAGUACCCUUUGCAGGCUGAGGAAAUGGCUGCAUUGGCUGUUAAAGCUAAUUCUGCUUUGAUGAAAGGAACUGGGGGUGAGAAAUGUAGGUAUCGCCGGAAACCGGUGUUUUCCGGCGGAGAGGUCAAGUCUCCGAGGAGUAUCGUUGUUGCCGGAGAUGGGUUAAGGAGAGGAAGGAGUGGUCGUAGUAGUAGAAACUUUACAGCAAUGUUGAGUGCAAUACCUGAGUAGUGGGGUAUAUUAUUCUGGGGUUAGUUUUGUAAAUACUGCAAUGAUCUGGGUUCAAAUUAAAAAAAAAAAAAAAAAAGUAUGUGAUGAGUGUGUGGCACUGUACCCAUUUUCAAACCCAUCUAAGGGUCUUGUUACAAUUUUACCCUUGUUUAGGUU